AUGCAUUCAAAAUAAUCUUAGCUAUUUCAAACAGGUACAGAUUCUUUAAAAAGGGAAAUAUAAGAAGCUUACGUAUUUUAGAUCAAAAAAUAAAAUUCUAACGAAGACUCAUUAAUAGGAGAAAACAUCAAAAAAUUAACUCAUGAAGUAGCCACUAUUAUACAACCAAUCGUUAUUAAAUAAAACGAUAAAGCAAUUCAGUGUGAAGAUCGAAAUUAUGACUUAAUGAAUUCUCUUUUAAAAUUAAAGGAUAAAUCAAUAGAAGAAUAUUAAAGAUAAAUUUUAAGUUUUAAGAACAUGAUCAUUUAAAUUGAUCAUUAGAAAAAGAAACUACUGGAUAUAUUAGAGAAAUAAGAUCCUUUGAACACUAAUCAAAUAGGAAUUAAUUCUCAAAAUACUGAGAAAUUAUCUUAUAAAUAAAUGAUUUCUAAAAGUCAACAAACGGAAAUUGAUUUUGGAAUUAAAUAUACUUAGAACUAAGUUAAUUCAUAAAUUAUUUCUCAAAAAUUUAAUUCUAAAUCUAUAUAAACAGAAUCGAAGUUCUAUACAGAGAUAAAUAUGCUAGAUUAAGAUGAAAUACAUCAAGAGAUUGAGUAAUAUAAAGUUAUUCUUAGAGAGUAUGAUUUAGAAAAUAGAAAACUGAAAUAAUAAAUCUAAUAAUUAUAACAAUCUAAAACAUAAAUUAAUAAGGAUACUCAAACAGUUAUAAAUCAUGUUGAACAGGUUACUUAAAUAGAUGAUGAAAUAAAGACAGAAUUUGACAAGAUUAUUUAAGAAUUUAACUAAAAUAAAAAUUUACUUAUUUAAAUAAACAAAUAAUAUAACUAAUAAACAAAGGAGUUAGAUAUCUUAAGAAAAUAAUAUGAUUCAAUAUUAAGUGAUUAUUAUUUUAUAUAAUCAGAGAAUAAAGUUUAUGAUAAAACUAUUAAUUAAUUAAAUGAUGAAAUUGAGUAAUUAAGAUUGGAACUAUAAACUAAAGAUUAAAGUAUAAGCAGUGCUGACACACUUACAUCUCCAAAUGAUUCAUUAAGAAGUUAUAAAAAGAAAGGUUCACAAUUUAAACUAAAUUUUAUUAAUUCAACUUAUUUUAACCCUCAAAAUAUUGAUGAAUUAAUAUUGGUUUAAUAAGAAAACUAAAUAUUAAUUGUUAAAAUAUCCGAAUUAAAAUCCUAAUUACUUGAAGUUCAAAGAAAUCAAAAAAAUAUGAUAGAAGAGAUAAAUCAGAAAGAUGAUUUGAUUAAUUUUUAACAGUAAGAACUACAGAAAUAUCAAAAUGAUUAAAAAGAUUAUCAAAGAAGAAUGGAAAAUCUAUAAUAAUUUGAAUAAUAUUUGUUGUAGAAAGAGAAUUAGUAUUAAUUUGAAAUGCAAAGUUUAUAGUAACAAAUGAAUGUUUUGAAUUAAGAAAAUGGAAGUUUGAAGAUUAUAAAUUAAACAUUACAUAAAUAAUUGGAUAAGUAUUAGAUUAAAAGAGUGCUUUAGCUUUCAAAAUGA